AUGGGAUACGCACAUAACAACAGAAGAAGAAACAAGAACCUUAGCUGCUCCGAUGUUGGCUAUUAUUUAAAAGGAAAGGGUUCCCUGAGAAAUUGCAAAGAAAAUAAUCCAGUGGAAUUGUAUGAUCAGAAUAUACAUUAUGGCGGGGUGUUCCACACACAUAACGAUGUGUUGCGUGGAGGACAAGGCAUGGGAUAUUUUAACAGAAGAAUAAAAAAUACAUAUAAUUAUUGCAGAGAUGAUGUUGUAAGGGAGAAUGUUGGAGAGGUUAAUUACGUUUUUUACGAGCCACUCAGGUAUCCUGCCUUUAAGAUGGCGGAUAGGAACAAUAGGGGAGGGCCAGAAAAUAGUGUCGCCGAGAAAGACGACGCAGAAAGUAACGAACGUGACACAUCCGAAGAGGAUAAAGUAGUAUCCUCCGUGGAUUACCCAAAUGAGCAGAGCUGUGGUGAGAGCAUGACCACGAUGAACUUAACCCGUGUGAGGAAGAUGAAGAAGGAAGGGGAAUGCAGUUCGGGGAAGUUCCACCACGGGGAAAACGCCCAAGUGGCGAUGAAGGUGAAGAAGCAAAGGAGUAGAAAGAACAAACUGGAAGUAAGGGUUGAUGAUCACAGUGGGGAUGAAUGCACACAGGUGAAGAAUCUUCCUGGUGGGAGGAAAAUUCAAAAAGAAGCAAAGCAAGUAGAUGGAAAAAGGAAGGACCACUUAAAUACAAACUCCACAAUGGAUUCGCAAAUGAGUACACGACUCUCCGACGGAGAGUGUGAGUUGCCUCCCAUUGAAGGGAAGAGAGGAAAAACAAACCUCUUCAUCCCGAUAACUGCUCCAAGAGUACAUAGACACCCAAGUCAAAUUACAAAUGAAGUGAAGUUCAUUUUACACAUGACCAUCUUAACUCUUUACAAAGACCAGGUGAAGCCUUCAUACAAAAAAAUUAAGCAGAGACUACAAUCCUUCCAUCAGAAUGAAGAAUUGAAAAACCACUUUCUGGAAAUAUGCUUGUUUCUGCAGAAUGAAUACCUUGUAGUAAAGUCCAGGAGGAAUAAUAUCUUCGUCCUUCUAAGGGAAACUCCCAAAUGGUUUAGUGGGUGGAUCAAGACAAGGAGUUUUACCAACCCUUAUCCUGAGAUCAUGUGGAGGAAGUUCGCUCGUCAUCUUUGGCAUGUAUGCAGGGCGGGAUCCUGGGGAGGACCAACUUCCUCUCAAGGGCACCUUACUCUACAGUUUGCUAAACAUUUAUGCAGGAAAGGAUACUUAUUUUUUCAAGGUUUAGACACUUUGUUAGGCGAGCAUAGUUACUUAUACAGCGGGUCUACAUAUCAUGCGACUUCACCCUCUACUCUUCUACAUCCUGAACAUGCUGAGUACAACAGGCAGUUGUUCACUUUCAAUCUCCUCCACGACAGCUUCUCCUACUUUUCGAGCGUAAAUGAUUCUGCCGUUCGGAUAGUCCAGAGUUCCUUCGUCAGUUUGUACCAUUCCAUUUUGGAUGAGGAUGGGAACAGGGCCGGGAGCAGCAGGACACGGAGCUCCCACUCGUCAUGCACUGAGUCGACACGCCUCGGAUCGGCAUUCAUGGAAUCGGUAUCCAUCGAAUCGGUGUCCAUCGAGUCGGUGUCCAUGGAGUCAUCGCACGUCCAGUCGUCAUGCCGCGAUUCACCAGGCGCCUUGGAACCACCCCCCUGGGAACUCGGCAUCGACAUAUACAGAGCAGCUGAUGCACUGAAGAAUAAAGCUCUCCCCUUUUUCAGAGACUACUCCAUCGGAAAAAUAGCGCAUGUAGUUCAGCUCGGCCUGUACGGUGGCCUCCUGCAUGAGGAGGGGCAGGUGAUCAAGCCGGCUUGCUGUUCCCGCACCAUGGCCGCGUCCGUCUGGGGGCAAGCAUCACAAGGCGAUAAAUCGAACGGUCAGAUGGGCGGCCAAACGUGCCACCAACUCAGCAACCAAAUGCACAACCAGAUGGAUGAGAAGAUGGUUGAGCAGAUGGGCAACUACGUGACCGGCCAAAUGAGCGGAGAAGAGGACUACCCCCACUGGAGUGACCUCCUAACCGAGCAACACACACUAAUGAUGAACUGCGACUUCCUCGAACGGCAAGGCCCCCACAUGGAACAGACCCACAUGGAACAGAUGAUCGAGGGAAAGUGCGGAGGAGUACCCGUAGUGCCAACCGCCGAGGAGGCUAAAGCAAAAAUAUAUCAGCUCCUAAAAGGAAGUAGAGAAAAAAUCAUCUUCUUCUGCUCAUUGAAGGAUCUAUUUUUUAAAAAGUUUGAAGAGGUGCUAAAUCCUCUCCAUUUCGGCUACACAAGUUUAAUUGAGUUUCUCUUUUUCCAGUGCCAAGAAGUGUGCAAGCUCCUCCUCCUAAAUAGAAAUAUCAUUUUAGUUCACCCCUCUUGUGAUGAGCAGUCUCUAAUGGAUAUGAUCAGACAAGAGGAGGACGACGAUGACGACGAUUGCUACUACACAAAUGGGGAUAUGGAUGGGAAUAUGAAUAAAAAUAUGAAUGGAAAUAUGAAUAAAAAUAUGAAUGGGAAUAUGAAUAAAAAUAUGAAUGGGAAUAUGAAUGGGCAUGAAAAUAUAAUCGAGCAGUUUGACUACGCGCAAUACAUCUCCACUGUGUCUUAUUCUCAGAAGAAAAAUCUGACCCAACAGGAGAGCCUUCAAAUAUACGCAGCGUUCAAGGACCUCGGAGGAAACAGAAAGAAAGAUAAUUUUUUUAUUACCUUUUCCUUUUGGAAAUAUGUAACAGGAAAGGAAAAAAAAAACACGCGCUGA